AUGAACAUGAAUAUGGGUAGAAUGGAUUUAACAGAUCACAACUCUGGAUCCUCACAGUCAGAGGAAUCUGCUUUGGAUUUAGAGAGGAAUAACUGUAAUAGUCACGAGUUGCUCGAAUCGAGUCCCCCGCCUUCCCAAGCCUUUGCAACAGGCGGCCAGCUCAGCGAGAGUAGUGCCGCCUACUUCUCAUGGCCCGCUUGCCGGAUUGCGCCUUGUGCGGAGGAUAGAGCACUGUACUUUGGGAACCUUCAGAAAGGGGUUCUGCCCGAAACUCUCGGCCGGCGCCCGACUGGGUUGCAGGCCACCAUGCUGCUGGAGGUGAUGACGAUCAGGUCAUUUCACAGCAAAUUUUUAAGGCGGUUCAGUCUUGGAACUGCAAUUGGCUUCCGGAUCAGGAAGGGCUCGUUGACUGAUAUACCAGCUAUACUCGUCUUUGUGGCUAGAAAAGUUCACAGGCAGUGGCUGAGCCCUGCACAAUGCCUGCCUACUGCUCUUGAGGGACCUGGAGGGAUUUGGUGUGACGUUGAUGUUGUUGAGUUCUCUUACUAUGGGGUGCCUGCGGCCACCCCAAAAGAGCAAAUGUACACGGAACUUGUGGAUGGUUUUGGUGGAAGUGAUCCAUGCAUUGGAUCGGGUUCACAGGUUGCGAGCCAAGAAACUUACGGAACCUUGGGUGCUAUCGUGAAAAGCAGGACAGGAAGCAGGCAAGUAGGUUUUUUGACUAAUCGACACGUGGCAGUUGAUCUAGACUACCUGAGCCAGAAAAUGUUCCACCCAUUGCCUCCUAGUCUUGGGCCGGGAGUGUAUUUAGGUGCUGUAGAAAGGGCCACGUCAUUCGUAACUGAUGAUCUUUGGUAUGGCAUUUUCGCCGGCACUAACCCAGAGACAUUUGUCCGAGCCGAUGGCGCAUUCAUACCUUUUUCGGAUGAUCUCAACAUGGCCAACGUGACCACACUCGUGAAAGGCGUUGGAGAAAUCGGCGAGGUCAGCACGAUUGACCUGCAGUCACCCAUCAGCAGCAUCGUCGGGCGGCGUGUCGUGAAAGUCGGGAGGAGCUCCGGCCUGACAGCUGGCACCAUAAUGGCUUACUCCCUUGAGUACAAUGACGAAAAGGGUAUGUGCUUUUUCACCGACUUUCUUGUUGUGGGUGAAGACCAGCGAACAUUCGAUCUCGAGGGAGAUAGCGGGAGCCUGAUCCUGUUGACAGGUCAAGAUGGGGAAAAGCCCCGACCCGUUGGCAUAAUUUGGGGAGGAACAGCUAAUCGGGGCCGAUUGAAGCUGAAAAUCGGCCAGGCCCCAGAAAAUUGGACCAGCGGAGUCGAUUUAGGUCGACUUCUUGAUCUCCUGGAACUCGAUAUCAUCACUUCCAAUGAGGCCCUUCACGCUGCACUACAAGAGCAGAUAAACGCAUCAGCAGCAAGGGUUGACUCGAUCGUGGGAGAAUGUUCUCCGCCCGACGAGAAACACAAAUGCGAACUGAACAAUGAUUCUCAACUGAACCUAAAUCAGCCACCACCCGAGCGUGAUGAGUUUCGCAUCGAAAGUAGUUCGUCUGAGGUGGUCCCCAGCAUAGAGCACCAGUUCAUCCCGAGCUUUUCAUGCCACUGCCUCGUUGACCAAGACCGACAAGAAGUAGAAGAAAGGACUUGUCUGAAAAAACUGUCUGUUAUAAAAGACGAGCCCGAAGGUGAGGUUUCUGUUUCACUGAGGCUAGGCGAACCGGACCUCAAGAGAAAAAGACGAUCCGAGUCUCUGUGA